UUCAUCUUCCUCAAGCCCCUUUCUCAUAAAAACAUAAAUCAAAGAACGGUUUCGAUGGCGGAUCAGAAGAAUUUGGAUCGGGUGAAGGGUCCAUGGAGUCCAGAGGAGGAUCAGCUUCUGCGGCGGUUGGUGCAGCAGCACGGCGCGAGGAACUGGACAGGGAUUUCGAAAUCGAUUCCCGGACGAUCCGGUAAAUCUUGCCGGUUACGGUGGUGCAAUCAGCUGUCUCCGGAAGUUGAGCACCGCCCGUUCACGGCGGAGGAGGACGAGAUCAUCGUGAGAGCCCAUGUCGAGCACGGGAAUAAGUGGGCCACCAUCGCUCGUCGGCUCAACGGCCGUACUGAUAAUGCCGUAAAGAAUCACUGGAACUCCACGCUGAAGCGAAGGUUCUCCGCCAUGGCUAUGGAGAACGGUGCUAUUUCGGAGGACGAUGGGUACCACUUGGCAGAUAAAAAGCAAAGAUUGUCGCCGAAACCGUUGAUCUCUUCUCCAAUCGAAGCAGAUCCGAAACCGAAAGCUCCGGUUUCUAAUCCAUGCCUCCUUCCUCCUCGCAACGGAGACGGAUCGCCUCGUUCUGACGUCACCGAUUCGAACCAGGAUGCGAUUUCACCGGAGGCGGUAACGAAAUCCACCUCUCCGCCGUCUAUCCACGGCGAUCCUCCGUCGGAAAACGAGACCAACGUCGUCUCCGCCGAGGAUCGAAACAGAGAGAGAGAGACAGAGAAGGUAAACGAGAAAGUCUCGACGGAGCUGACCCUGAGCCUCCCAUGGACCGAGUCGAACAAUACCAACUCGACUCGGGUAAACUCGGCGGCGAUGAAGGAGGAGGAGGAUAGUGAUAAGGGCACGACGGAGACGAGGAGGGGAAGCAUGUUUGGGUCGGAGUUCAUGGCGGUGGUGCAGGAGAUGAUUAGGGAGGAGGUGAGGAGUUACAUGAGGGCGAAAGGGAAAAGAGACGGUGGUGGUGUAAUUAACGCAGGGAUUAAGAGAGUCGAGAUUAACAAAAACUGUUGAUUAAGGGAUUUGUUUAGUGGGUAUAAUUACGGUUUAAGGUUUUAGAAUCCGAUAAUACAACAAGAAACAAAACUUGUUGAUUGAUGAGAUGCCAGAUCAUUUUUUCCUCAUGUCGGGAUUUAUUUUCGUUUCUUUAAAUCCGCUAAUAAUAAUGGGUGUUAAAAUUU